GACAUGAGAUACCCAGUACAGCACAGUCUACACCAUCACCUCUCUCUCUCUCUUUCUCCUCCACGAGGAUUUAAAAGCAAGACAUUCUGAGACACCCAUUGCAGAGUCUGCAACUCUCUCUCUCACCUCCUCGUUAAAGUAAGAGCAAUAAGCAUCCCGAGUCACCUGCUGCACCGCUGUGAUGAAACUAGAUGGGAUGCUUUCAUUCCUCUUCUGGCAUCUGGUCAUCCUGUCUGCCAGACCAUAUCUUACCGACGCCUCCGGUGGCCGGUGGCAGCUCUUGCAAAGGAACAUUGGCAUUACAGCCAUGCACAUGCAACUCCUCAACAACGACCGUGUGAUCAUUUUCGACCGCACCGACUUCGGUAGGUCUAAUCUAUCAUUACCCAACGGUAAAUGCCGCAACGACCCGGCUGAAACGGUACUGAAAAUCGACUGCACUGCACACUCGGUUGAAUACGACGUCGCCUCCAAUUCCUUUCGAGCACUUUUCGUCCAAACAGACGUUUGGUGCUCCUCUGGCUCUGUCGCGCCCGAUGGCCGUCUGAUCCAAACCGGCGGAUUCAAUGACGGGGAACGUAAAGUCAGAAUAUUCAAGCCCUGCAGUGGCUGUGACUGGGAAGAGAUAGGCGACGGCCUAGCAGCUCGGCGAUGGUAUGCCACUAAUCAUAUUCUGCCAGAUGGACGCCAGAUCGUCAUCGGCGGGAGAAGGCAGUUCAACUAUGAAUUUUAUCCCAAGACCAGCAGCGCAUCAAAUACAUAUAGUCUGCCAUUUCUGGCGCAAACCAACGACGCAAACAUAGAGAACAAUCUGUACCCAUUUGUUUUUCUUAACGUUGAUGGGAAUUUAUUCAUCUUCUCGAAUAAUCGAGCUGUUUUAUUGGACUAUGCAAGAAACAAGAUCGUGAAGACGUACCCGGCAAUACCGGGCGGCGAUCCGAGAUGUUAUCCGAGCACCGGCUCCGCAGUGUUGCUUCCACUCAAUCUGCAAGCGCAGUUUGUUGAAGCUGAAGUUUUGGUUUGUGGUGGAGCUCCCAAAGGGUCUUUCAGCCAGGCCGGAAAAGGAAACUUCGUCGGCGCAUUGAAUACCUGUGCACGCAUCAAGAUCACCGACAAGAAUCCACAGUGGGUGAUGGAGACAAUGCCUCGGGCCAGAGUCAUGGGUGACAUGAUUUUACUUCCAAACGGCAACGUCUUGAUAAUCAACGGCGCAGCGGCGGGGACAGCUGGAUGGGAAUACGGGCGAAACCCGGUCUUGAAUCCGGUUAUUUACCGGUCCAACAGCAAGCUGGGUUCACGGUUCGAGUUACAAAACCCGACAACUAUUCCCCGGAUGUACCAUUCAACGGCAAUUUUGCUUCGGGAUGGUCGGGUACUCGUCGGUGGUAGCAAUCCUCACAUAGGUUACGAAUUCAAUAACGUACUUUUCCCUACCGAAUUAAGACUAGAAGCAUUUUAUCCAUCUUAUUUGGACACACAAUUCUCGAAUUUGCGUCCACAAAUUCUGUCGCCUACUUCCCAAGCUAAGCUUAAGCAUGGCCAGAAAAUAGGAGUUAGAUUUUCAGUGGCGGGAAACCUAGCACAAAAUCUGGUAUCGGUAACCAUGGUGGCACCUUCUUUUACCACCCACUCCUUCUCCAUGAAUCAGAGGUUGCUGGUACUUAGUGCCGAGAAGGUGACAACUCUUGGGAAUUCUAGGUACGAGGUUCGGGUUACGACACCCGGUUCGGCUUAUCUUGCCCCGUCCGGAUAUUAUCUUUUCUUUGUGGUUCAUCAAGAUAUUCCUAGCCAGGGAAUUUGGGUCCAGAUUUAGUGAUAAAAAAUUAAAAGAUGAUUAUUAUUAUUAUUAUUAUAUAUUUUGUUUUA